CGCCACGAGACUCAAAUUUAAUUCUUUCAACGUCUCUCAUCAUAUCACAACACUACAGGAAUGAGGAAAGCUUGGAGACCAAGGGGAUUAAGUCGGCCGAUUAGUGUGGCCCGGCGAUGGCCUCUUGCUUCGUCAUGUCUUCAUCGGAGCAAUUUUGCCACCGUUGCUCAAGAUGCGAGGCCAUUUGACGUUAUUGUAAUUGGAGGUGGCCAUGCCGGUGCAGAAGCAUGCGCAGCCGCCGCACGAUCCGGAGCGCGAACUGCCCUAGUCACUCCCAAACUCGACAACCUCGGCGUUUGCUCGUGUAAUCCGAGUUUCGGCGGAAUCGGAAAAGGAACGAUAAUUCGCGAAAUCGAUGCAUUGGAUGGUGUCGCUGGACGUAUAAUCGAUAAGUCCGGAGUCCAAUUCAAAGUUUUGAAUCGAAAGAAAGGCCCAGCCGUCUGGGGACCCCGCGCCCAAAUCGAUCGAGCCCUCUAUAAGAAACAUAUGCGCGAGGAACUUCAAACAUACCCAAACUUGUCUAUUAUAACGGAUAGUGUGUCGGAUAUCGUUCUAGGAGAAGAUGCCGACCUAGCUAGUGGUGUAAUUAAAAAGGAGAUCACUGGUGUGCGCCUCGAAUCUGGCGAGAUAUUACCCGCUGGCGCAGUUAUUAUCACGACCGGAACUUUUUUGAGCGGCGAAAUACAUAUUGGAUUGGACGUCUAUCCGGCAGGGCGGAUGGGCGAGAAAGCGUCGUUUGGUCUUAGCAAAUCUCUAAAGGAUGCAGGUUUCAAGCUCGGCAGGUUAAAGACAGGUACACCUCCUCGAUUACACCGAGGAAGCAUCAAUUUCGACAUAUUAGAGGAACAACCCGGAGACGAUCCCCCAGAUCCAUUUAGUUACUUAAAUGAUAGGGUAUCCGUCCAAGAUCAACUAUUAUGCUGGGCUACAUAUACGAACGAUAAAUCCCACGAUAUAGCAAGAGCAAACUUGGACAAGACGGUACAUAUCCGCGAAACAGUGAGGGGCCCACGAUAUUGUCCCUCUUUAGAAUCUAAAAUCAUCAAAUUCGGUCACAAGGAGAAGCAUAUUGUCUGGUUAGAGCCCGAAGGUUUCAAUAACGAUACUAUCUAUCCGAAUGGCUUAUCAAUGACAAUUCCCGCCGAAGCUCAAGAACAGCUUCUACGCACUAUCCGUGGCCUUGAAAACGUGCAAAUGACACAAGCUGGUUACGGGGUUGAAUAUGACUAUGUUGAUCCCCGUGGUCUCCGGUCCACUCUCGAGACAAAGGCUAUAUCAGGGCUUUUCCUUGCGGGCCAGAUCAAUGGUACUACAGGUUAUGAAGAGGCAGCGGGCCAAGGUAUCAUUGCUGGUAUCAACGCAGGGCGCAUGUCACAAGGUCUUGAACCAGCCUCAAUUACACGCGCAGACGGGUAUAUCGGUAUUAUGAUCGACGAUCUCAUUACCAAGGGUGUCUCAGAACCAUACCGAAUGUUUACAAGCCGAAGUGAAUACCGCAUGAGCACACGCGCCGAUAACGCCGAUCUACGACUCACGGCAAAGGGACGGGAAUGGGGUGUCGUAUCUGAUGCCCGAUGGAGAGCACACACCGAUGAAAAAGCUAGGAUAGACGACAUGUUGAAAGCUCUCGGCACGUAUAAGCUCAGCCCACAGGCGUGGAACGCAGCCGGUUUCGCGAAUAGGACAGAUGGAAGGCACCGUAGCGCGCUGGACAUAAUGCGACUUCCUAAUGUCUCCGUAAAUGAUUUCCGCGGAUUCGUACCGACGGUAGCGGAACAUACCUCGCGUAUCCGGACUCGUGUCGAGAUCGAGGCUCGGUACGCACCAUACGUCAAGAUACAAGCAGCAGAGCGUGAGGCAUUCUUGAAGGAUGAGAGCAUGAAAUUGCCUGUGGAUCUAGAUUAUAACACGGUAUUCGGACUCAGCAUACAUGAGAAAGCAGCCCUAACAGCGGCCCGACCCGAGAGUAUAGGUCAAGCUAGGCGAAUCGAGGGGAUAACGCCUGCGGGGUGUGUUAGGUUAUUGACCUUCGUACAACGGACGAAUAGACAAGAAGAACGAGCUGCGAUGUUAAAGGGACUCGAGGGAAACGAAAGAAGAAUAUUCGAUAGGGACAUGGCACCGUUGGGGAGUGAGGUUGACACAUUAGAUGCCGAAGCACGAACCAGGGAGCUGUAAAUUUACUUCCUUCAUUUGGCAAUGGAUGGAAUGACAUAAAAGGCGGAAGUCCUAGGGUUGUUUGGAAAAUGUGAUGGCGUGGCUGUGGCUUAUAUGAUACGAGACAUGAUGCAUGGUAAAGGCGUCUGGGGCUAAAACAUUGAAAUGUAUAAAUAACGCUGUUGCACAUACAAAAUUCCCCGAUAUACAUAAGACAAAUCAGUACGAUAUCCGA